GUGUGAGGAGACGGCCGAGUGUCCAGACGGGCCCUGUGAGACCACGACCCAGACCACGGCCCACCAAGAGCGGGGCUAUGGGCAGCAGGAGAUUAAGGUGAUAGCUGUCGGGGUAGUGUGCGCUGUGCUUAUCAUCAUCGUCUUCACGGUCCUUUGCUACUACUGCCACCCAGAUAAGACCCACAGGCCUGUGGCCAAGGAUGACCCUGACCUCUUUGCCAAGAGCGUCGGGGUGGACACUCAGACCAUGCCCAUUGAGCUCAACCCUCUGGACACCGGCUCCCACAACAACCUGGACUGCGCAGGGCCCGAGGCCCACAAGGUGUCGGUGGCCCCCGAGUUCCUCACCUUUGGGCCUGGGCCUGGCCAGAGGCAGCGAAGCAUGAUUGUGUGCAGUGUGGCCCCCAACCUCCCCCCUGCUGCACCCCCUUCCAACUCAGACAAUGAGUCCAUCAUCAAGAGCACCUGGGCUGGAGAAGAGAUGGUGUACCCGGCAGAAGCUACCUUCUGGGCCCCUUCCUAUGCGCCAGCUGAGCUUCAGGAGUAUCCCCGGUACGAGGUGAUCCAAGGCCCAAUGCCAGCUUCACCCCAUCGUGGUCCACCUCCUCCUGCGGACCCUGAGCCACCUGCUCUCUAUGGAGGCUUCCCCUUCCCACUGGAGUCAGCUAACAAGCGGGCCCCCAUACCACCCCGAUAUAGCAACCAGAACCUGGAGGACUUCCUGCCCCUGCAGCCCCCCAGCCCAGACCCGAGGGAACGUCCACAUAGCCCUUGCCCCAAUGAGUACACAGCCAUCAGCUACUACCCUUCUCACCUGCUGCAGCCCGGGGGCCCCCUCUACCCCACCGAAGGGGCCUACAAACGGGUGAGCGUCCGGCUCAGUGUGGCCCAGCCCUCCUACGCGGACUGUGAGGUGGUUCCCUGCCCACCAGGUCGCCCGCUGCACUACGAGGGCUCGGACAUGGUGGAGAGUGAUUACGGCAGCUGCGAGGAGGUCAUGUUUUAG